UGACCACAAGUCCCAGGAUGCCUGGCGCCUCUACUUCUGCCGGAUAGAAAGAGGCAGCAUCUUUUUCAAAUACUGGGUGUUUUGGAUGAGACAAGUUGCAUUUGCGUUUGAAUGUAAUGUGAUGCUUGGUGCCUCAGCUAUUUCCCCUCCUUCAAGGUCAGAAGCGGAAGAUGGCAGACCUCGAAAGCACAGUCAUAAACACCAGUGCGACCCAGAAAGAUCCCAAAGAAGCUCUGGUCAUUGCUGUGACAACAAGGGCUAUUUUCAACCUGGAAAAGGAGCACGAUAUCUUUUUGACAAAGGGAAAGGAGGAGUACGUGAAGCAUCAGCAAACAAACGAGAACAACCCUUUGGAGCCAGGGACAGCCUUUGCUUUUAUCCAGGCAGCACAGUUUGUGAACAAGAAACUUCUUGAAAGAGACCCAGAGGAGAAGGAGCUCUUUGACGUGAUUGUCCUCUCCAAUAACAGUCCAGAGAGUGGUGUGCGGGUCAUCAACAGUGUUAAGCAACACGGUCUGGAGAUCUCCAAGUUUUGUUUUGUCAGUGAUGAAGAUUCUACCCAAUACUUGAAAACCCACAAUGUGAAGCUUUUCCUCUCAGCUGACAGGACAGAUGUGUGCAAUGCACUUCAGAGAGGAGUUUCAGCAGCACUCAUCUUCCAGCAGGAGAUACAGGCUCCCAGCACCCAGCUGCGCGUCGUCUUUGAUGGUGAUGCUGUACUCUUUUCAGACGAGACGGAGCGGGUCUUUCGUAAGGAGGGGCUGGAGGGGGCUGUAGAGUAUGAGAGAAGGAUGGAAAGUGUGCCCAUGGGAGAGGGCCCACUGAAAGCAUUUGCUUUGCAUCUUGGCAAGAUGCGCCAAAAAUUUGGCAAAGAGGACUCUCCCAUCCGCAUUUACUUGGUAACUGCCCGCAGUGGCCGUGACAUGGGCAUCCGGGCCAUAAAAACGCUUCGCGAAUGGGGCCUGGCAAUUGAUGAGGCCUUCUUCAUGGAUGGAGCACCUAAAGGCCCCAUACUCUCUAAGAUUCAGCCCCAUAUCUUCUUUGACGAUGGUCUUCACAAUAUCCAGGGUGCCCAGGAUGUUGGCAUACCCUCUGCCCUGGUUCCUUGUGACUGCUGACAGGGACCACAUCAUGGUCCCAGUAUUGUGGUGAUUGAAUAAAUUGAAGAAUGGCUGGGCAAAGCUUCAGACUGUCAGGACAAAGUUGAAAUGGCAUUGACUACAUUUAGGGACCAAGGGAACAAAACUGCUGCAUGAAGAUACAGUGUUGGCUGCUUUGCUGCGAUAUAUUCUGAACAAAUCCAAAUUCUGUAUAUGGACCCAUUUAACUUGAGCAGCAGAAAGCUCAUAAAGGAACAAUGACUGAAGUAUAACUGAUUGACUUGAUAGCUAAAUGGUGACUAGAAAAAAAGCAGAGUAAUUGCUGGGGGGUUUUUUAGCCUUUUUUAUUGUACUAAAAUACAUUUUCAUUUAAAUGCUGUUGCUCUAAUAUUUUAUAUAUGUGUAUGCAAAAAGAUCAGAAAUAAAAAUAGUGGGUUUUUAAAAAUACAAAGCUAAAAUGGCACUGAUCAGAAAUAUAAUGGUGAAGUUGUCCUAAGGUAUAAAUGCAGGAGAUAAGCUAAUCUCCCCAGAAUUUCACUGAACUCAUCAUUGAUUGAUUCAUUCAUUUUAUUUGUAUGCCACUUUUCCACAAAAAAAGCUCAAAGUGACUUACAACAAAGAAACAAGGAUGCAUUUCAAACAAACACCACAAAAACAAAUUUAUAAUAACACAGCAAAACA